GAAAGUUGAGGAGAGAGAGACAGAGAGAGAGAGAGAGAGAGAUAAGAGAAAACAGUUAAAGCAAUAAUAAUGAGGCUGGCAUAGCUGAAGAAGGGUCUUUCUUUAUUCAAAAAUUCCAAUUUUCCCUUCUCUUCUGUGUCAAUCUUUCCACAUCUCCUAUUCUAACAAUUUCUAUCAGCUUUGUUUAAUUAAGCUGAUUAUUGUUUUUUUCAUUGACCCAAAAAAGAGAGAGAGAUAAAAGCAAAAGAGGAUUAUUAUAGUAGAAGAAGAUGCAGAUUCUUGUUGAUAUUUUACUGGAAGUGGGUGGUAGGCUUUAAAUUGUUAUUGUUGUUGUUGAUUGAGGUCAGAAGCAAGGAAUGAUAGGAGAGAGAGAGAGAGAGAGAGAGAGAGAGAAGGUCUGAGAUAAAAAUAAAAAGCAAAGGGAGGGGUGAGAGUGCUUUCAAUUGGGGAAGACAAUAGUAGGAAGAAAGCUUCUUCUGCACCCCAAAUCUCUCUCUAUGAAGUGUCCACCACAUACCCACAAGUGGAGGAGACUUCAUUGCCUAUAAUGGUGGUGGGGAUAUGCUAAUCUUGUCCCCUCCUCUCUCAAGCUGCUUCUGCUUCUUCUUCUUCCUCUAGAUCAGAGUCCUCUUGCAAGUUACAAUCGAAAUUGCUUUAUCCAAAUCGAAAUCAAGUUCAAAAGAUCUUUCUUUCUAUCCAUCUUCUAGUGCAGAUCUGAAGAAGAUUUGCUUCUCUUCUGUCCUGAAUUGGGGUUUUUUUUAGUGUGAGAAACAGAAAUGGAGGCCAGUGCCGGUUUAGUUGCUGGUUCUCACAACCGGAAUGAGCUGGUCGUUAUACGUAGAGAUGGAGAAUCUGGGCCAAAGCCAUUGCGGCAACAAAGUGGUCAAAUCUGCCAGAUUUGCGGUGACGAUGUCGGUCUGACAGUUGACGGUGAGCUGUUUGUGGCGUGCAAUGAGUGUGCCUUCCCAGUUUGCAGAACUUGCUAUGAAUAUGAGCGCCAAGAAGGCAGCCAAGUUUGCCCACAAUGCAAAACUCGCUACAAACGCCUAAAGGGAUGUGCUAGAGUUGAAGGCGAUGAAGAGGAAGACGACAUUGAUGAUGUGGACAACGAGUUCAAUUUCGAUGGGAGAGGUCAUGAUUCGCAGCAGCAUGCUCUUGCCGAGGCUAUGCUUCAUGGUGGCCACAUGACCUAUGGCCGCUCCUACGAUUCUGACUUGUCUCAUCAUGCGUUUCACACUCCAUUGCCUCAAGUUCCUCUUCUCACCAAUGGUCAAAUGGUCGAUGAUAUUCCUCCAGAACAACAUGCAUUGGUUCCUUCUUUCAUGGGUAGUGGUGGAGGCAAAAGGAUUCAUCCACUUCCUUUCUCAGAUUCUGGUCAUCCAGUCCCACCCAGAUCCAUGGAUCCUUCCAAGGACUUGGCUGCUUAUGGCUAUGGAAGUGUAGCUUGGAAACAGAGGAUGGAGAGUUGGAAGCAGAAACAAGAGAAGCUACAGAUGAUGAAGAGCGAAAAUGGUGGCAAAGAUUGGGAUGAUGAUGGAGACGGACCUGACCUACCAUUGAUGGAUGAGGCAAGACAGCCAUUGUCAAGAAAGAUGCCAAUUCCGUCAAGUCAAAUCAACCCUUACCGAAUGAUUAUCAUAAUUAGGCUUGUUGUUCUCGGGUUCUUCUUCCACUAUCGGGUCCUGCAUCCUGUAAAUGAUGCUUAUGCAUUGUGGCUUAUAUCUGUGAUAUGUGAGAUUUGGUUUGGGCUUUCAUGGAUUCUCGAUCAAUUCCCGAAGUGGCUCCCAAUUGACAGGGAAACUUAUCUAGAUAGGUUGUCCUUGAGGUAUGAGAAAGAAGGACAGCCCUCUCAACUAUCUGCGGUUGAUCUAUUCGUGAGUACCGUUGAUCCUUUGAAAGAACCCCCUCUGGUGACUGCAAACACAGUUCUAUCCAUUCUUGCAGUGGAUUACCCUGUUGACAAGGUCUCAUGUUACGUAUCUGAUGAUGGUGCUGCUAUGUUGACAUUUGAGGCAUUGUCAGAAACUUCUGAAUUUGCUCGAAAGUGGGUGCCAUUUUGCAAGAAGUUUAACAUUGAGCCACGGGCUCCUGAGUUUUAUUUUGCUCAGAAGAUUGAUUAUCUCAAAGAUAAAGUAUUGCCUUCAUUUGUGAAGGAGCGAAGAGCAAUGAAGAGAGAGUACGAGGAGUUCAAAGUCCGGAUAAAUGCUUUGGUUGCAAAAGCACAAAAGGUGCCCGAGGAAGGGUGGACAAUGCAGGACGGGACUCCAUGGCCUGGGAAUAACGUCCGAGAUCAUCCUGGAAUGAUUCAGGUCUUUCUUGGCCAAAGUGGGGGACACGACACUGAUGGAAAUGAAUUGCCACGCUUAGUAUAUGUUUCUAGAGAAAAGAGAAUUGGAUUCAAUCACCACAAAAAGGCUGGUGCCAUGAAUGCUUUAGUCAGAGUCUCUGCUGUGCUCACCAAUGCACCUUAUCUGUUGAACUUGGAUUGUGAUCACUAUAUUAAUAACAGCAAGGCUAUAAGGGAAUCUAUGUGUUUCAUGAUGGAUCCUUUGCUGGGAAAGAGGGUAUGCUAUGUUCAGUUUCCACAGAGGUUUGAUGGAAUUGACAGGAAUGAUCGAUAUGCCAACCGGAAUACUGUAUUCUUUGAUAUUAACAUGAAAGGUUUGGAUGGCAUUCAAGGACCCAUUUAUGUUGGGACUGGAUGUGUAUUCAGACGGCAUGCUCUUUAUGGCUAUGAUGCUCCAAAGACAAAGAAACCACCAACAAGGACGUGCAACUGCUUGCCAAAGUGGUGUUGCUGUGGAGGCUGUUGUUCUGGAAGGAAGAAGAAGAAGAAGACUAACAAGCCCAAGUCUGAGACGAAGCAGAAGAAUUUGAGGAAUGGUGAUCCAGGGGUAACUGUCUUUGCAUUGGAGGGUAUUGAAGAAGGCACCCAAGAUAAAGGGACUGAGGGUGAAAAGUUAGCUUUGUCGUCCGAGAAUAAGUUGGAAAAGAAGUUUGGACAAUCUCCAGUGUUUGUUGCAUCUACAUUGCUAGAGAAUGGCGGGGUACUGAAAUGUGCUAGUCCAGCCUCUUUGCUUAAAGAAGCCAUUCAUGUAAUUAGCUGUGGCUAUGAAGAUAAAUCAGAAUGGGGAAAAGAGGUUGGCUGGAUUUAUGGUUCAGUUACAGAGGAUAUCUUGACGGGUUUUAAGAUGCAUUGCCAUGGAUGGCGAUCCAUAUACUGUAUCCCUGCAAGACCUGCAUUUAAAGGAUCUGCUCCCAUCAAUCUUUCUGAUCGUCUCCACCAGGUCCUUCGAUGGGCUCUUGGUUCUAUUGAAAUCUUUUUGAGCAGGCACUGUCCUCUUUGGUAUGGAUAUGGAGGCGGCCUGAAAUGGCUGGAACGACUAUCAUACAUAAAUGCUACCGUUUAUCCAUGGACAUCCAUUCCUCUCUUGGCAUACUGUACUUUGCCUGCUGUGUGCUUGCUCACAGGGAAAUUCAUCACUCCCGAGCUAAGUAAUGCUGCGAGCCUGUGGUUUUUGUCCCUUUUUAUUUGUAUUUUUGCAACGAGUAUCCUGGAAAUGAGAUGGAGCGGUGUUGGUAUUGACGAAUGGUGGAGAAAUGAGCAGUUUUGGGUUAUUGGAGGUGUCUCAGCGCAUCUCUUCGCUGUUUUCCAAGGUCUCUUGAAGGUGUUAGCUGGAGUUGAUACAAACUUCACUGUGACAUCAAAAGGAGGGGACGACGAGGAGUUCUCGGAGCUGUAUGCAUUCAAAUGGACCACUCUACUCAUCCCACCGACGACACUGUUGAUAAUAAAUCUGAUAGGAGUGGUUGCUGGUAUCUCCAAUGCAAUAAACAACGGGUACGAGUCGUGGGGACCUCUCUUUGGCAAGCUUUUCUUUGCCUUCUGGGUGAUAGUCCAUCUCUAUCCUUUCUUGAAGGGUCUACUGGGCAGGCAAAAUAGGACACCCACCAUCAUCAUUGUCUGGUCCAUUUUGCUUGCUUCCAUAUUUUCCCUAUUGUGGGUUCGAAUUGAUCCAUUCUUGGCAAAAUCAGAUGGUCCACUUCUAGAGGAAUGUGGGUUGGACUGUAACUAGCCAACCAAUGUGGCUUUGAUUGAUGAUGCAAAAAGUGUUGUUGCUCCUUUUGAAAGGAGGGAUUUGGAAAGGUGAGAAAGAAAAAAAAAAAAAAAAAAAAAGCUGUGUUCUUGGUGUUUGUAAUUUAUUUUUGGUAGGGGAUUGUUCAGGAGUUCUACAAACAAUAGUGUUGAUUCUUUAUUAGUUUGAUAUAUAUAGGAAAAGGUAGUGCGAACUGCACUAUCACCUUGUAUUAUCGUUACAGCUUCCUCCCUCCCUCUCUCUCUCUCUGUUUUCUUCACAAUAAAAAGUGGGCUGGAUCACUUGGUCCUGUUGUGUAACUAUUGAAGGAAAACCCAGAAGCUUAAUAUUUAUGUUGGGGUUUGUGUGGCCUA